GAACGGACGGCGACGAUGACACUCCCCACACCGUCUCCAGAGUUCCAGACUCCUGCCUGGCCCGUCCCCACUGCCGCCCCCAUGUGCCCCCCCUGCUUUAAGACCACGGCCAGCGCCACCACCUUCCUCCUCUUCCCCGCUCAGCUCGUUCCAUUUCAGCUCUCAAAGCUAGCAAGAACACACCAGCGCAGCACGCACCUGACCCGGCCGGAGGAGGAAGAGGCGAGGAGGGUGAGCGAGAGAGGGACGAUGGACCGGCGGGUGGCAGCGUCGGCCGCGGUGCUGGUGGCGCUGGCCGCGUGCGCGGCGCUGCCGGCGACGACGACGGCCAACAAGAUCUCCGUCAACUGGAUGCCCAACACCAACUACACCGUCUGGGAGCAGACCCACGGCCCGUUCUACAAGGGCGACUGGCUCGUGUUCUACUACACGUCGGGGCAGGCGGACGUGGUGGAGGUGAACGAGUCCGGGUACAACCGCUGCGACGCCUCCAACGCCAUCUACAACUACAGCAAGGGCCGCAGCUUCGCAUUCGAGCUCAACCAGACCAAGACCUACUACUUCAUCUGCAGCUUCGGCUACUGCCCCGGCGGGAUGAAGCUCGCAAUCAAGUCUCAGAAGCUGCCGCCGCCGUCCCCGCCGCCCUCGGGCCAAGACAAGUCCGCCGCGCUCGCCAGGGCCCACGCCGGGGUCGUCCUCUACGCCGCCGUCGCCGCCCUCGCCGCGCUCCUCAGGAUGGUCUAGAUGAUUGUUCGUUCGAGUUCGUCUCUUCGAUUUGGAGUUCCAUUUUCUCUAGUAGUCCUCAUCAGUUUCUAAUUUAGUUACGGCGAGUAGUGCCAUGUUCUUUGGUCGAGGUUUGAUUAGGAGAGGUGUGGAUUCGCGGAACCAAAUGGUUUGCCGCAGAUUAUAUUUAUCAAGUGUGAAGAGUGAACUGGGGAGAAGAAACUGUUUUUAAGCUA